CCAGGAUUCGUCUGAUCGCAUUGGAUUACUAGCAUCAGUUAGAGUUUUCCACCCACUGCAAUAGGGUUCAAAACGGUCGAUUCCCGCGUCUUGUUGUUUUGUAAGUAUGAUAUGGCUUUCUGCACAAGGGAUUGAAACAAGUGCGGUCUUCUGUGAUAUGAGUAUAUUCAAGUGUUAUUGUGCGCUACACCAUUUCGGUUGACAAAUUUCAAUCGAUUUUCAUCGUAAAACAGAUCACAUCGUAUUUGCUGAAUUACGUGAAUGUGAAAUAGUGAUAGAUCUUUGUUGCUGAAAAGUAUCUAAUGCGAAAUUAUUGUUUUCAUCGAGCGUGAGCCUCAUUAUUCCACAAUGGCUGAGCCACUUUCACCCUCCACUUCAAUGUUUAAGCAAAACUUUGAUCUCGUGACGCCAGAAUUUGAAGUGGACCCCAAAGUGUUAUGGGGCGUUACCGUACCACCGUUCGUCUCGGAUAAAGUGGUCUCCUGGGUGGAGGAAAAUUUCCCCAGUUCGCCACCGUCGCAUAGCGAGUUCAAAGGGAUAAAUAUUUUGAAAAAGAUUGAAAACGUGCGGAUGAUAGAUAGGUACAACAGCAAAAAUCCGACGGUGGGAGUUUUGUACCUCACGGCUACGCAUCUUAUUUUCGUCGAUCCGGAUGCCAACAAGGAGACAUGGGUCCUGUACAUGCAGAUUGCUAGCGUAGAGAAGCUUCCCCUCAGCACGACCGGCUCGCCGCUGCUGAUACGGUGCAAAACUUUUCUCUCCAUCACGUUCGUUAUCCCGAAAGAACGUGAAUGCCAUGAUGUGUACACAACACUGAUGAAACUGUACCAACCGGUUAACAUCAAGAAUCUCUACUGCUUUCAAUACACCAGCACGGCGAAGGAGCUACCAAAGGUGACCGGGUGGGACUAUUUCAAGUUGGAGAACGAGUUCAAGAGGAUGAGCGUUCCCAACGAACAGUGGAGUCUGUGUACGCUGAACCAGAACUAUGAAUUAUGCGACACUUAUCCGCAGUUAUUGUACGUACCGACUGAAACCAGUACGGCAAUGUUAUUAGGAAGUUCUCGUUUCCGGUCCAAGGGACGCCUUCCGGCAUUGACCUACUUGCAUUGCAACAAAGCAUCGAUCUGUCGCUGCAGUCAGCCACUGUCGGGCUUCAGUGCCCGAUGUCUCGAGGAUGAGCAAAUGCUAGAAGCCGUCAGAAAAACGAACCCCAACUGCGGGUUCAUGUAUGUUGUUGACACCAGGCCUCGGAUAAAUGCAAUAGCAAAUCGUGCAGCCGGGAAAGGAUACGAGAAUGAAGCCAACUAUGAGAAUAUCAAAUUUCAGUUUCUCGGCAUAGAAAAUAUUCACACAAUGCGAACCAGUCUACAGAAAGUUAUUGAAUGCUGUGAACAAAAAUCUCCCACAAUGAGCAGCUUUCUGAGCGCACUGGAGUCAUCCGGCUGGCUCAAGCAUAUUCGAUCAAUAUUGGAUACUUCCAGUUUUAUUGCCAAUGCCGUGGAUAAGGGCAUUUCCGUUGUCGUCCACUGCUCCGAUGGAUGGGACCGUACCGCACAAGUGUGCUCUCUGGCAGCUCUAAUGUUAGAUCCCUACUAUCGCACCAUCAAAGGAUUUCAGGCACUUAUCGAAAAAGACUGGCUUGCGUUUGGACAUAAGUUCAGUGAUCGUUGCGGUCACAUUCAGAAUGACCCGAAAGAGGUUUCCCCGGUAUUCACGCAGCUGUUGGAUUGCACCUGGCAACUAAUGCAGCAAAGAAAUGAUGCCUUCGAAUUCAACGAACGUUUUCUGCUGAUCCUCCAUGACCACGUAAUGUCCUGUCAGUAUGGAACAUUCGUAGGUAACUGCGAGAAAGAUCGGUUGGAUUUGAGACUGGCGGAAAAGACUUUUUCGCUGUGGGGUCUUACGUUAAAUCACUUGAAUGAGUACAUUAAUCCACUGUACAGACCGGAAAUGGAUGAAACCAUCAGGCCCAAUCUGGCACCUCAAUGUAUAAAGUUUUGGCGCGGCAUGUACAGUCGGUUUGAGAGUGGGAUUCAUCCACGGGAGCCCUUGGAUGAUUUGCUGGUGGCCAGCAAGGACCAUUCAACAUCGCUGGAUGACCAUGUACAGCUUUUAACGAAGCGCAUCAGUAGCUUCAAAAACAUGAUUUCGAAAUCGGCAAGACGGUUACAAGGAACCAAAUACGUCGAUAAUCGCAACAUCGAGGUUAACGACAAUCGAUACAAUUACGAUAAGAGACUGAGUGAACUCUCCUGUGCGGAUGAUGAUCACCCUCUCAAGACUUCCAAUUUCUCCUUCUCUAAUCUCAAUUCAACAGAAGCAAAAGACAAUUCGGUUAUUACACAGCAGGUGGCAGAUGAGGUAAACUCGGUCGCCAUCGAGUGGAAACCGUUGCGAAGUGUUGCCAACUGUCCCUCUUGUACAAUUCCAUUUGAUCAGAUCAGCAAAAAGCAGAACCACUGUUGGAAGUGCGGCGAAGUAUUCUGCAGUCGCUGCAUCGACAAAACCGUUGCUUUGGCCGGCCAUAACAGCGGUAGUCUAGUGCCAGUAUGUCGGAAUUGCUACCGGGAGGUACAGCAGGGUACUCCUUAAGUAUUUGUCAUCAUCAUUCCUGUUGUUAUUGUUGUUGGAUUCCUAUUAUAAAGUACCUUGUCCUUUACCGCUCGAUUGGCUUAUUCGACCAAUUUUUCUCUUUGGUUGCCCACCGUGACCUGUUAGCUUUUAAGUUUCCCCCUCGCAUCCAUUUCCACAAGUCAUGUUGUUAUAAUGAUUGUUUAUCCUGAAAAGGGAAGGUGUAAAGUGAUAUAAUUAAUGCAAAUAUAUGUAAAAAAAGAAGCAACCUGAAGGCUGUUGAACUUAGCUAAGUGUAUUAUACUAUGUGAUUGUGAUAUUUGUUUUUUCAUAAAAAAAUAUUCGAAACGCUUGAAAGAAAAAGCGAUGAGAACAUUGUAAGAUGACAAAUCGUACGGCAUUUAAAUCAAGAAAAAGAAUCCUAAAUUAUAAUCUAUUUUUGUCGCUUGACACUAAACACAAUAAAAAUUAGAAAGAAGAACACGUUGCUUGCUCAAAAUAUGCAAUUAAACCUACUUACUUACCAGAGAAUCAAUAUAUAACUCUACAAACAUCUAAUUUUACUCUUACAGUUGACUGAUUUGAGCAUAGUUAGGUUUUGCAGUACUUCUCACAUCACAUUAUAGACUAAUCGUGCACAAUGAAAUAAUGUGUAGUAUUUUGAGCAACAAAAAAGGUUUGUUGCAAUAUGUUGCUGAUAAGAUGAUACAAAUCGAAGCAAAAUCAAAAAUGUUUGUAGUGGUAAUAAAAAAAAGUAUUACAGCUGAAUAA